GUCGGCAGAAAUGGCCAAACUUCACCAACCGACAACCAGAGUGAGCGGUCGCGUCGCGCGCAGCAGGAACAGUCGCUGCCGCCUCAGGGCGUGGCGGCCGGGCCCACAUAACCCUGCUCCGCUCCGUUGCGAAACGCGCGCGGACGAAAAAUCUGGUGGCCAGGCGGGUGGCAUCGCGGCGAUGGCGUGCCGCCGGUGGAUCUCUUGUGCCGGGAAGCGGAGGAGGGAGCCGCGGUGCGAGGCGCCGCCGGCCGCGACAGCUUCCCCACCUCCUCGCACCGCCGCCGGGAUCCGUGGCGCCCGGUUCUUCGUCGCCGCGUACCGUAGUGCGCCGUCACCGGGAUCCUUCUCCUCCUCAACACCGCCGCCAGGGUCUUGCUCCUCUUCCCGGCCGCCGGCUCCCCGCCAGAGCACGAUUAGACCUGAUGACUCACUACCUCGACCCUCUUUUUCAUGAUUUUGUCUUGUUCUUGUUGAUUGUGAUCAUCAGCUUCAGCAAUUAGUAAUGCAGCAGGCUAACGUGUGUGAUGAAUACAUUUUGCGGGGUAGCAGGCCACUGCGUGUGAUGUUUCUGGUGCAAUGUAUGCUGCAAAUCUGUGUGUGCAAUGUACAAGUUGUGUUAUGUGCAAAUUCAGAGGAGAUUACUACCGUAUCUAGCUCUCAAAUACAGGAGAUUAGCAACACUUAUAUAUUCAAUGUGAAUACUCAGAAUUAGAGUUGAUCAUGGUCACUUUUUUUGUAAGCAUCCUUAUAUAGAUUUGUAGUAUGCCCAAGAAAUUUUCAUGUUAAAAUCAAUGGGGAUGCUUUUUUUUCUAUUCGGAAGAUUUCUGAACCCUCAGUUUUCUUUGUGACAGGUGGGAUGUAUAACAUAUUAAGAUCAGACUUGGAUAUGAAAAGAAUAUGCAGUGUUGCCCGAAUAAACUUCUUCAGCUGUGGGAUGCUACCAUAGCGUAUUCCUUUGAAAGAUGUGAGAAAUAUAUUUGGAUUGGGGAAGCACAAAGCAGAAGUAAUCAUCUCGUCAUAUAGAAAGGGGCUUGCAAAAUCCUUUAAUAUUGAUUUCGCUGCAGCUCCUAGGAAAGCACUGUUCCUCCAAAAUCUCUGCGAUGAGUUACAGUUUGAUCCUGAGCUUACUAGCAAGAUGCAUGAAGUGCAGUGGCGUCAGCCGUGUUCUCAAUGAGGACGAAGACUUCUUGGCGCAAAUGUGGAAACCAAUUAACAUUCAGUUGAUGCAGCAUAAAUGUUGCAAGCAAAAAUGAUCGUGUACUCAUCUAAAAGCUCAAAGGGAACGUUGUUUCCUGUACGAUCAAUGCUUGUCUUCUUCAUUGCACUAUUUGGUUUGUAUGCCUGCUACUUCUCCUUCACUCAAAUAGCCUUAGAAAAUGAAGAAGAAAUGAACGGAGCAGAAGAACGAACAAACGUUCUAUGCAAAAGACCUUCAGAAAUUCCAUAUGAUCAGAUGCAGUAUGUGCACUUUCCAAGACCUAUGAGUUACGACAGGGGAGAAUGCGCAUGUACCCCGGUCCGUUUCCUCGUCAUUAUAUCUAUGCAAAGAUCAGGCAGUGGGUGGUUUGAGACUCUGCUCAACAGCCACCCCAAUGUGAGCUCAAAUGGUGAAAUCUUCUCGGUGAGGGAGCGCAGAGAGGAUAUUGCGUCGAUCUUGUGGACUCUUGACAAGCUGUAUGAUUUGGAUUGGCGCACCAGCGCAGCAAAAAAUGAAUGCACGGCUGCAUUUGGAUUGAAGUGGAUGCUAAAUCAGGGUCUUAUGGAUUAUCCAGAUGAGAUUGUGGAUUAUUUGAUCAAAAAGGGUGUGAUGGUGAUAUUUCUCUUCAGGAGGAAUACAUUAAGGAGGCUCGUCUCUGUGUUAGCGAACGACCAUGACAAAAAGGAGAAGCAGUUGAACGGCACCCACAAAGCGCAUGUGCACUCACAAGAGGAGGCUGAGAUCCUAGCGAGGUUCAAACCGGAGGUGGACGUGUCAUCUCUGAUCCCAAGCAUGAGAAGCGCGGAGCAGUCCAUGGACGCCUGCCUGCGCCGCUUCCGCGCCACGCGCCACAUGAUCCUCUACUACGAGGACUUAAUCCGCGACAACAAUGCGCUGUCUCGGGUGCAGGAGUUCCUGGGGCUCCCGGUGAGGAGGCUGUCCAGCAGGCACGUCAAGAUCCACACAAGCCCACUCCCGGACCUGGUGGACAACUGGGAGGACGUGAGACGCACGCUCAAGCCCACGGAGUUUGCUCGUUUCCUUGACGGCUGAAGACUACUAGUAGACAGAACAUGUCGAUUCAUCUGUUUUUGCUACGGCAGGCCCUUCUGUUUUCUUUUCUUUCGUGGGACUGCACAAUGGGGUUGGAAGUUGUUGUUCAGCUGUUUUCCUUCUCAAAGGUAGGUGUAGCAUUCUUGUGCAAAGGAUGAAGCAAAUAUCAUGAGACUGAAUAAGUUUGCUUUUCAGAUAACGGAGUAGUGCCCAGAUAAUAAAGUAUUCAAAAGUCAAAACUA